AUGGAGAAACUGAAGGAAUUUGAAAGCAAAACAAUGUGCUCUGUUCCAUGUCCUGAUCAUGAUGAUGCUUUAAACAUUCUGAAGGAAAAUAUGGUGAAUAUUAAACAGGGAGGAAUCACAUUCAAGGCAAGGCCAACACAUUUCGAAGAGCCAGAUUGGUACAUGAUGCGGUGUAGAAUCAUAUUCUGCACUGCAGUUUGUUUAGCAAUACUGACAGUCAUUCUCCUGACUUUGCUCUCACCAAUCCCUCAUAAAAGUCGAUCAAAGAACUCCUCUAGGCCUUGGCUGGCCCUGUCGUUGUACAUACAGCAACCUCAAAUUUCAAGCUCUAACAUUCAGCCAGCAGUAAGAUCCGAUGUUGGAGCAUUCGUCUUUCAUCGUAAGCUCACGGAAGGGCCUGAAAACACUUCACUGGUCAUAGGAAAAGCUCAAGGCUUCAUAAUUCCUAUACAACAUUUUGCGCAUUCAGGUUUCAAUGUUAUCUAUCUCACUUUUGAUACUCCUGAUUACUCGGGCAGCCUCAGCAUGCAGGCCAAGCAUGUGGCACAUAAAGGUAAAGAAGAACUCACUGUGGUUGGUGGAACUGGAUCAUUCGCAUUUGCUCGCGGUCUUGCUGGUUUUGCACAGACUGAUCCACAGCCCACUGAUACGGAUGGAACUUACCAUGUGAAGCUUCAGCUAAGAUUUCCAAAUCGAUCUCGUACAAUUCCAGGAUGA